AAGCAUGUGAGGUUCUAUCGAUUUUGGGAAACAUAACUUGUGUUUUUUGUGUGUGCGUAUUUAAAGGCUUUAGCGAAGUGAAUGUAUACACCUACAACAAAUACACAGACUGACGCGUGACUCAUGAGGGAAAGUGCUCGAGGGUUCUUUAAAGUCAUAGGAUUCUUCAAGGAACCACUGCACUGGUGAGCAUCAGGAUUUCAUGCAUUUUUUUGGGGGUAGUGGAGGAAACACCAGUAGCAAUAACGGAUCUUAAAUAAGUUAGGAAACGGUUAAUGAGAUGUGUGAAGCGCGGACAGUCAAUUACACCGCGGAGCCCCGAGCCGCCCGCACACUCACUUACUUCCUGUUUGGUCUUGCUUUAACUCUUCGAGCUCCCGCACACCCGAUUUGACCGAGGGGAAACGCCCUCCUUCUUCCCUGCUGGAUGAGCCAGAGCAAGCUGGCUCGAGCGCAACUGUGAUUGGCCGAGCGGGCUGCCAGUCACAAGCCGCUCGCUGAUUUGGCUCCCCUAGUCUGGUAGAUGUCAAAGGCUGAAGCUGCUCCCUUUGCCACAUUAUAACUAGUAGGGGAUCUACAGUAAGCAUGGCCACAGCUGCCUCGAAUCCCUACAGCAUUAUCAGUUCCAACUCCAUGGUUCACGCAGACUCCUCGGUCAUGCAACAAGGGAGCCCUUUCAGGAAUCACCAGAAACUUCUCCAAAGUGAAUACCUGCAGGGAGUCCCCAGCAACGGACACGCUCUCGGGCACCAGUGGGUGACCAGUCUGUCCGAGGGAAGCCCGUGGUCCACCUCUUUGGCGGCCAGUCCUCUGGAGCAGCAGGACGUGAAGCCGGGACGGGAGGACCUCCAACUCGGGGCGAUCAUCCAUCACAGGUCCCCGCACGUCGCGCACCACUCGCCCCAUGCAAAUCAUCCAGGUGCGUGGGGGACACCCGCGUCUCAUAACUCAUCCAUAAACAGCGGCGCGCAGCCCAUGAGCAUCUACUCGCAGCCGGGCUUCACGGUCAAUGGCAUGCUGGAGCACGGGGGCAUGACGCCCCCCACGAACUCUGCGCAGAGCCAGAGCCUGCACGCGGCGCUGCGCGACACGCCGGAGCACGCGGACGUGGGCGCGCACCACUGCCACGACCACUCGGACGAGGAGACGCCCACGUCGGACGAGCUCGAGCAGUUCGCCAAGCAGUUCAAGCAGCGGCGCAUCAAGCUCGGCUUCACGCAGGCGGACGUGGGGCUCGCGCUCGGCACGCUCUACGGCAACGUGUUCUCGCAGACCACCAUCUGCAGGUUCGAGGCGUUGCAGCUGAGCUUCAAGAACAUGUGCAAGCUGAAGCCGCUGCUGAACAAGUGGCUCGAGGAGGCCGACUCGUCCACGGGCAGCCCGAGCAGCAUCGACAAGAUCGCAGCGCAGGGAAGGAAGAGGAAGAAGCGCACGUCCAUCGAGGUGUCCGUCAAGGGCGUCCUGGAGACUCACUUCCUCAAGUGCCCGAAACCCGCGGCCCAGGAGAUCUCGUCGCUGGCCGACAGCCUGCAGCUCGAAAAGGAGGUGGUGCGCGUGUGGUUUUGCAACAGGAGACAGAAGGAGAAACGGAUGACUCCGCCGGGGGAGCAGCAGCAGCCGCACGAGGCGUACUCCUCCCACGGCGCGAGCACGGACGCGGCCUCGUGCCACGAUCUCUGACGGCCGCCGCGGAAGCGCGGCGCGAGACUCUCA